AUGGCCUCCUCAAAUCCCAAACCCACCGUCCACCUGCUGGACACUGUUGCAGGCAACAUCCGCUCCCUCGUCAACGCAAUCGAGCACCUCGGCUUCGAGAUCCAUUGGGUCCGCAGUCCCUCCGACCUUCUCACCGCCGAACGCGUCAUCUUCCCCGGCGUCGGCCAUUUCGGGCACUGCAUGCAGACCCUGACCGCCGCUGGCUUCACUGAGCCCCUCAAGGCCUUCAUCGCCUCCGGCAAGCCCUUCAUGGGCAUCUGCGUCGGCCUACAAGCGCUCUUCGCCUCCUCCGCCGAGUCACCCGGCACUCCCGGUCUCGGCGUCAUCCCGGGGAGUCUAAAGCGCUUUGAGUCCAAGGAUAAGGCGGUGCCGCAUAUUGGGUGGAACAGCGCGACCCCCGCGGCAGGGGAGGUGUAUGGGGAGGGACUGUGCGGGCUGAGGCCGCACUCGAAGUAUUACUAUGUGCACUCGUACGCGGUGCCGCUUGAGGCGGUGCAUGGGUCGGGCUGGGACGUGGCGGUGGGACGGUAUGGGGAUGAGGAGUUUGUGGGCGCGGUGGGGAGGGGGAAUGUUUUUGCGACGCAGUUCCACCCCGAGAAGAGUGGUGUUGCGGGGCUGCGGGUUUUGAAGGCGUUUUUGGAGGGGGUUAAGGUGUCGCCGUUGGCUGGUGCGGUGGAAGAGGUGAAGGCCGUGACGGGGCUGACGAGGAGGGUUAUUGCGUGUCUGGACGUGCGCGCGAACGAUCAAGGCGACCUUGUGGUGACGAAGGGUGACCAGUACGACGUGCGGGAGAAGGCGGCUGCGGGCGGGGACGUGCGGAACUUGGGGAAGCCGGUGGAGCUGGCGAAGCGCUACUACGACGAGGGGGCCGACGAGGUGACGUUCCUGAACAUCACGAGCUUCCGCGACUGUCCGUUGGCGGACCUGCCGAUGCUGGAGGUGCUGCGGCGCACGAGCGAGGUUGUGUUUGUGCCGCUGACCAUCGGCGGCGGCAUCAGGGACGCCGUGGAUACCGACGGGACGAAGGUUAGUGCGCUGCAGGUGGCGACGAUGUAUUUCCAGAGCGGCGCGGAUAAGGUGUCGAUUGGGAGCGAUGCGGUUAUUGCGGCGGAGGAGUACUAUAAGCGUGGGAAGGAGCUAAGGGGAGAUACGGCGAUCGAGAGUAUCUCAGGGGCCUACGGGUGCCAGGCUGUCGUGGUGUCAGUGGACCCUAGGAGGGUGUAUGUUGCAUCUCCUGAAGACACACCGCGGAAUACGAUCAAGACGGCAAAGAAGGGACCGAACGGCGAGGAGUACUGCUGGUACCAGUGCACCAUCAAGGGCGGGCGCGAGGGGCGCGAUAUGGAUGUGCAGCAGCUGGUCCUUGCCGUGGAGGCCAUGGGGGCGGGAGAGAUCCUGCUCAACUGUAUUGACAAGGACGGUACCAACUCUGGUUUCGAUCUGGAGCUCAUCGAGAUGGUGAAGAGGACUAUCAAGAUCCCGGUUAUUGCGAGCAGUGGGGCAGGCAAUCCGAGCCACUUUCAGGAGGUGUUUGAGAAGACGACAACAGAUGCUGCGUUGGGGGCUGGAAUGUUCCAUAGACGGGAGUACACGGUAAAGCAGGUGAAGGAGUUCCUGGCAGAGAAGAACCUGGUGGUGAGGGAGGUGGAGGAGUAUGAUCUGUAG